GUUCUCUGUGGAAGCCAAGCAGCCAAACAAAUUUCGUCCUCUCCCUCCGUCGACUUUUGGGGCCAUGAAUCCUUCUCCUUUCUGCGAUCCCGCACCUGCUUCGCAAUAGUCGUCUAUGCAGGAUUGCAGGUAGUUGAGCCACUCGUUGGUCCUUUCGUCUUCGUUACUACCGUAGUUUGAUGACCCAAUCCUGGGUCGCUGCCUUGGCCCUUUCAAUUUCAUCGAACUCUUGAUUGCUUAUCUCUCAAGGGAUCGGAGCAUCGGAAUCUACGUAAUAUUUUGGGAGCAUACUUUUUCAUCUCAAUAGUUAUUCUACAUUAAAGGGAAAUACUUUCAAGGCGAGAGUCUUAUCCUUCCCUGAAAAAAGAAGAUAUUUAAUGUCUGUUAUACCACAGAGAUGGAGAAGAAAAGGAAGAUUCUGGAACUAAGAGAGAGGCUGGACAAAACUCUUGCAUUGCCUGAUCUUGCAAAUGAAGAGUCUGUCAAGUUACUGGUCGAGAAUCAACUUCGUUGCUCGUCUUUAUCUCAUGUCAAAGCAUCAGAUUUUGAAGAAAUUGUAGGAAAGAGGACAAAGGAAGUCUCUAAUUUUGUUGAAAUGCUUCGGAGUGCUUCUGAAAAUGAGCAGAAUAAAUCACAUGAGCAACAUGCUGAUUGGAAGAUAAAACAAGACACUGAUCAGCUCCGUGUGAUGUAUCGUGAAGGGCCCCAUGGUACUCCAUUCCAUACUUUACUUGCCGAGGGAUAUGCAGAUGGACCUAUUGAUGUCUGUUUAUGUGUUUCGUGGGAAACAAACCUGUAUAGAAAAUGGUGGCCUCAAUAUAAAAUACCAACUUUUAAGAUUAUCAUGUCUGAAUGUUUGCACAAAGUUCGGGUUGGUGAAGAGAUCUCUUUAGUAAGGGUGAAGGUUCCUUGGCCAGUUUCAGAUAGAGAGGCUCUUCUGCAUUACUUUGAGAUUGAGUACUUAAAAGAAGAUCUCAUUCUUGUACUUACUAACACGAUUUCAGACACUCAGCAUAUAGAAGUAAGCAAUGAAGAUUUAAGUAGGAUCAAAGCUCCUGAAGCUAUCAGAAUAGAUUUGGUUGGUGGUUUUGUGCUGCAAAAAAUUGAUCACAGCAGAAGUUAUUUUAGGGUAGUAGCAAAUAUGGAUAUCAAGCUGGAUUUUGUACCGCCGUCACUUAUAAAUUUCAUUUCAAGGCAACUAAUAGGUAGCGCGCAUAAGCUAUACCAAAAGGCAGUCAGUACAGUGGCCACAGGUGAUGAGGAUUACAAGAAAGCUCUAGAAGGACCUAUUUAUGCUCGGAUUCGUGAAAAUAAAACCAAGGCAUAUUUAGUGGGUCUGGAUGAGGAACAUAUGGGUCAAAAUGCUACUGAAAUACAAGCAGUUAGAGAUGAAACAUCUGUCACUGAAAUCGUUGAAGAAGGUGUAGAACAAACCACACACUCAGAUCAAGUGAAUGAUAGCCAUGUUGCAAAAUUGAUUCCCGACCAGGGAGAUCUUGUCCAAGAGAAUUCUUAUAUAAGCCCGGAGGUAGAAGCUGCUCUUGGCAUCUUAGACAAUGCCAUAGCAAUACUUCGUAAAGGUGGCCCAUCCAACCCCCAAAUCAAUGGCCCACGGGCUAGUGAAGUAUUUUCUUCCAUGCCCAUUAGAGAGAGUUCUUCAAAGGAAAAUAAGCUUGAUGUUUUGAGCUCUGAGACACUUGAUUCAAGUUCUUCCGAUGGCAAGCCUAGGGAAGGUACUCCUUCAGUGACAAAACCCCCAUUCAUGGAGAGCCUGAACAAAGUCUGCGAUGAAGGGAGCCUCAAAGCUAACGGUUUUCAUAACAAGGUUCCGCCUAGUGACAACUCGAAGCAUGCCAAGGGAAGGAAGAAAUGGCUUUGUUGUGUGUCUUUCUAGAGGAUAAUUAAGUACCUCAACAGCAGCUCUUAUGUAGAGCUGCUGGCACGCCGACGCAAAGAAUACAAACAAUACAUGGGAGGUUAAGAAACAUGUGAAGUAGACAAUUUCUUUGCCAUUUUUCUGGAGAAAAGACAUUUUCAAGUGCGAAAUGUAAAAGACAGCCAACUGAGGAGCCGUUUGAGCUUGAUUCACCUGCGGUUAUACUCGCCUUGUGAAAAUCAUGAAUUAUGUUUUUGAUA